CUAAGAUUAGUAUCUCGCUCCUAAUCCCGUCUGCAUCUAUUCCCUCCCUUUUUUUCUCCUCUACCUCAAAAUCCAAAACCCUAGUAAUCGAAAUCAACGAGAUCAACGAAGAAGACGAAAUCAAUGGCGGCGGUUUCGAUCCAUCAGUUCGCUCAGUGCAUCACCUGCCACGCUUGGAGCCCCGACCGAACGAUGGUCGCAAUUUGUCCAAACAACACUGAAGUUCAUAUCUACAAGUUUUCACAAGAGAAGUGGGAAAAGGUGCACGUUCUUUACAAGCACGAUCAAAUUAUAUCAGGAAUAGACUGGAGCGUGGAAUCUAAUAAAAUAGUUACAGUUUCACAUGAUCGGAAUUCAUAUGUUUGGAGCCAAGAGUCAUCUGAAUGGGUACCAACACUUGUCAUUCUCAGACUUAACCGCGCUGCUCUUUGUGUGCAGUGGAGUCCUAAAGAGAACAAGUUUGCUGUUGGAAGCGGUGCAAAGACUGUCUGCAUUUGUUAUUACGAGCAAGAAAAUAACUGGUGGGUCAGUAAGCUCAUCAGGAAAAAGCAUAGCUCAUCUGUUACCAGUGUUGCGUGGCAUCCGGACAAUAUAUUUCUUGCUACUACAUCUGCUGAUGGUAAAUGCCGAGUUUUCUCCACUUUUAUCAAGGGUGUGGACAAAAGGGACAAGGGAGCAAGCUCUUCCCAGGAUAUGAAAUUUGGAGAGCAAAUUUGUCAACUUGAUCUAUCAUUUACGUGGGCAUUUGGUGUAAGAUGGUCUCCUAGUGGCAAUACCUUGGCUUACACAGGUCACAAUUCCACCAUAUACUUUGUUGAAGAUGUUCUUACUUCUCCUUGUGCACAGAGUGUCGCCUUCCGCGACCUGCCUCUUCGUGAUGUUCUAUUUAUUUCUGAAAGAAUGGUUAUUGGUGUGGGCUUUGACUGCAACCCCAUGGUUUUCACUAAAGAUGAUAGCGGAUUAUGGAGCUUUCUCAAAUUCCUAGAUGAGAGGAAAGUAACCCAAUCGAGCUCAAAAUAUGGUUCACAGUUUUCUGAAGCAUUCGGGAAGCUUUAUGGACAAUCUAAAUAUGGAGUCAGCUCUGAAACACUUGACCAUUCAAAGCCUCGUGGAGGGGCCCAUGAGAACUGCAUUACUUGCAUUGUACCUUUAAGCAAAGGAGGGGACAUGAGCUUGAAGCGGUUUAGCACCUCAGGUUUGGAUGGUAAGGUGGUGACCUGGGAGUUGGGUAACUAAGUAGAUGUGGUGAUCAUUUACAAUGUUGGGGAUCUCAAAGGUGGUAGUUGGUGAAAAAUGGUGAUAAAAUACUUUCUGAAGGGGAAUGAGCUUCAACUAUUUAAAGGAUAAGAAACUUCAAAAAUCCAGGUCUACAAGGUCAGAAAUCUCUCAUGUUAUAACACUUCAGUUUAAAGGAUAAUGUACUUGUAUAAUUGAGGGUGAUAUUCAUCUGUUAUUCGUUCUUCCUCCUUUCAUUGUGUUGUAAGGUAGAACUAGUUGGCUUCUUGUUUUAGUUAAUUCUCAGGGGAUCUCAAAAAUUCAUAUGGAAUUAUUACCUUAUUCUC